CGAAGAUUCCAAAGAUCGGGUCCGCGACUCUGUAUAAAUUCCUUCUGUUAGCUCUGUUUUCAAUGCCUUUUCUCAAACUUCAACUAUUCCCUACUUUGAAAUCAGAUAAGGAUACUUUAAUGCACUCAUUUUAUCUCGUUCAGCUGCUGCAAUCCCUUCCCUUCUCCAACUUCAAUCUAACUUCUCUCUCUCUCUCUCUCUCUCUCUCUGCUUAAAAGUGAGCGCGACGACAAAUGAUCCAGGGUUAGGUCCCAGCCCAAACGAGCAACAAAUAAAGUUUGCAUCUUUUUCAAACUCCCAAAUUCAAGUCCGCAGAGAAAAGAAAAAAAAAUAUCAGAAAACUCGUCAGAGAGAGGAAGAAAGAGAAACAGUACGACGACGAAGAUUGUGAGAUUCCAGUCUACAGAAGAAGAAGAAGAAGAAGAAGAAGAGAGAUAUGUCGGCUCCUCUACAGCGGAUACCGCUUGUGCAGAAUGCGGUGCUUCCGUCGCAAACUACGCCCGAGCAGCGAUUCUGGCGUGCAUACCGAAACCCUCUAAUAGUCAAAGAACAUGGCUCGAUCCUACACAUCAACUUUUGUCCCUCGGGAUCGCACGAUUUCGCAGUAACUUCCGGCGCGCGGAUCCAGAUCUUUUCGUCCAAGACGCGGCAAGUGAUUCGCACGAUCGCGCGGUUCAAGGAGAUUGCGUACUCUGGAGAGUUUCGCCCAGACGGCAAGUUGCUCGUGGCUGGAGAUGCUUCAGGUCUUGUUCAAGUCUUUGACGCAAACUCCCGCGCGAUCCUGCUCACGCUCAAUCCGACCCAUCUCGCGACGCACGUCACGAAAUUCCAUCCAAAGAGCCUGACGACGCUGCUGUCGGCGUCGGACGAUCGCUCUGUAAGACUAUGGGACAUUGCGUCCUCCGAGCCAACGAGCGUGUUCUCCUCACACACGGACUACGUCCGCACCGCGAGUUUCCUCUCGCCGGCGUCGGACGCGGUCGUGACGGGCUGCUACGACGGCGUCGUGCGGAUCUUUGACGCGCGCGCGCCGGACUCGCCAUCGCUCUCGCUCUCGCACAACGCACCGGUCGAGGCCGUCUUGCCGCUCACAUCCACGACCGUGCUCUCGGCAGGAGGACCCUCGAUCAAAGUCUGGGACUUGGUGGCAGGCAAGAUGGUUAAAGACCUCGGCAACUUUCAAAAAACAGUCACCUCGCUCUCGCUCGGCGGCAGCAGCACGAACGCGAGCGGCGACAACACAAUCAUCGCGGGCGCGCUAGACGGCCACGUCAAGGUAUUCGAUCGCUCGAGCUGGGAGUUCAAAUUCGGCUGGAAAUUCGGCGACGCCGUGCUCUCGACCGCGGUCUCACCCGAUCAAAAACACUUUGUCACCGGUCUAUCUUCCGGCGUGCUCUCGAUCCGCACGCGCAAGACCGAGCCCCGCGUCAAGCAGGGCGUCAAGACGAGCAAAAAGUCGGCGACUGUCGCGCGCAUGCAGCGAGGAGGGGAGUACAAGGGCGAGCACGAGCGCGAGAUCUUGCUCGACGACAAACAAAACAGCAGUACCAGCACGAACGCGAGCCGUCGCCGCGGGGGAAAAACACCACUGUACGAGAAACGCAUAAACGCGUUUCGAUGGGGCGAGGCGCUCGACGCGGCGUUCAUGCCGGGCACGGGGCCGGAGGUGACGGUGACGGUGCUGGAGGAGCUCAAGUUCCGGGGAAAAGUGCGCGUCAGUCUGUCAGGUCGGGACGAAGGCCAGCUCGAGCCGAUCUUGAAGUGGGCGGUCCGCACGAUCGACGACUUCCGGAACGUGUCGGUGGUGGCGGACUGGAUCGCUGUGAUUGCGGAUAUGUACGCGGCGGUGAUUGAGAAGAGCCCGGUGUUGGAGGAGCUUGUGCGGGAGUUUGAGCGGAGGUUGAAGAGGCAGAUUGAGUUGGCGAAGGAGGCGCAAAAGUUGGAGGGCAUGCUGGAGAUGCUGAUCCAGAGUCAUUAGUGUAUAUUAGCAGUGUGUUUGUUUGGCAUAGGUAGGAAAAGUAAUAUACCGUUAGAAAUGAGAACUACAUAGAUCCACCGUAAAUCCACCCCCACCACCGCUCUUUCCACCUAAACCACCUCUCUACACCAAAGAACGAUGCCCAAAUAUAAACUAUGCAAAAAUUC